AUGAUAUCAAAAAAUAAUCGAUUUUAUAAUCCAAAAGAUGGUACUUAUGUCAAUGUACCAUUUGUACCUGUACAUCCAGAAAAAUUUCAAGGAAAACGACGUUAUGCUACUGAUGUUUUAAUUGCAAAUUGGUAUGAAGAUCGAUCAAAAUCACAAGAUUCAAAUUAUUUACAUAAUACAACCUAUCGUAUUGAAUAUCCUGCAUAUCCUGGUUGUUUACCUGAUACAACAAUACGACGUAGUUUACUUUUAUCUCAAUCAGAACGACCAGCAAAAAUGCUUACUGGUCAUCAUAAUACUGAUGAUAGUAAACAAUUUAUUACAAGUUAUGACGAACAUUACAAUAGACGAGGACCAUAUGGAAAUGAAUGUUUUCCAGCAGAAAGAACAUGGGAAUUACAAAAUGAUCGUUGGAUACCAGAACAUAGUGAUCAUCCUCUUGAAGGUGAACCAACUCGUUUAAAUCGAAUAGAAAAAACACAUUCAUCAAAACAAGAUUCAUCAAAACAACAUUUCCAUCGUUCACAAACACUUCCUGAAAUAAGUGAAUAUACAGAUCGAUAUAUUCCUCAUGAAUCAAAAUUAUAUUCGGAAUCAAAACGUGUUGGACUUUCACGAAUAUAUUCAACUGCUCUUGAUCGUACAAAUGCGGUUAAUAAAGAUAUUAAUUAUCGUUCAAUAAUGAAUAGUAGUCAACGACUUCCAACAACACUUGAUACAAACGAAAUUAGUUAUCUACAAUCAUAUCAACGAGAUACAAGUAUUCCACGAACAUAUUAUUAUCUUGGCAAAGUUCCGGAUUCUGUCAACAACGAAAUGCGUGAAAAAUUUCCAUUCUUACCUACACCAGUAAAUUCUAUCGAACGAAUCAAAUCAUCUGCAAUUGAACAAUUGCCAGGACAACAACAAAAUGUUUAUUCUUAA